CACACGAUUAUGUGCGUCGUUUAGGAAGGCCAAGUUUCGGUUUUAGCAGGACCACUAGUUGUCGCUGUGGUUCUAAUACUACGGCAUACAUAACCUCAAUAUUGAUUUAAACCGCGUAUGGCGACUAGUGCUGUUUUUUGGCUGAACCACUCAAAUGCGACCUACCCCUACCAUUGAAGGUUCCAGAACUGUUUAUAGCGUGUUCAAUGGUUAGCGGACGAGCGGCGUUUUAAAAAUGGCGACAGUUGCCAGAAUUCAGUGUAACCUUAAAACAGCGAUGUCACGUUAAUAUAAUCCAUGUAUAUACCAACGUAAUAACAAUUUUAUGCAUUCUGUUUCUAUACAAACAAGUGGCUUCAAAAUGAUUAAGGCAAUUUUAGUGUUCAACAAUCAUGGCAAACCCAGACUGUCAAAAUUUUAUCAGUACUUUAACGAGGACAUGCAACAACAAAUCAUCAAAGAGACGUUCCAACUCGUGUCAAAACGAGACGAUAACGUCUGUAAUUUUUUGGAAGGAGGCAGCCUAAUCGGGGGUUCGGAUUACAAACUGAUAUACCGACACUACGCGACUUUGUACUUUGUUUUCUGCGUCGACAGUUCCGAAUCUGAAUUGGGAAUUCUGGAUCUGAUACAAGUGUUUGUUGAAACACUGGACAAAUGCUUUGAGAACGUCUGUGAAUUGGACCUUAUUUUUCAUGUGGAUAAAGUUCAUUACAUAUUGAAUGAACUAGUGAUGGGUGGCAUGGUACUCGAAACAAACAUGACUGAAAUCCUUAGUCGAAUCGAAGACCAAAACAAGCUAGAAAAACAAGAGGCGGGAAUAACGGCAGCUCCAGCUCGGGCUGUAUCAGCAGUGAAAAAUAUGAAUAUACCGCAGCAGUUAAAAGACAUGAAACUACCCGACCUGCCACAGGCAAUAAAGGACCUCAAGUUCUGACCGGCGGUUACAUCGCUUUUGCCUAGUUGACUAGAUAGUCCUUCAGCUGAGGUUGUUUCCUCUGUCCAGUUAACGGCGUCUCUUUCCACUGGCCAAACAGAUGAAAAUGCCCGGAUGCUCCCAGCGGUGUCAAACCAGGUUUCUUGCUCUGCGUUCCAUCGUUAUCAAGGAUAAAAAUGAGACGUUUCUUUCUUUCGGUUCUAACAAGAAUACUAAGCCUCUGAAUCACGGAUUCUGCUCAAGCUUGUCAGUAUGUUUCCUUGGCCUAAAAUAUAGAGCCUUGUAACAUAUAGUGUAUUAUAACAGGCCUUGCUUUAAUCCGGUUACAAUUGAUUAUAUGAGCAAUCUGCUCAGUGAAAUGCUGUAAUAAACGAAACCUGUUGAUGAAGUUGUAAUGAUAGGAUCUCAUUGAUUCAAGUGUCAACGAAUAUAUGAACUCAGAGCAAUAUGAAGUGACUGCGAAUUUUCUAAUAUCUGAUAUAUUGUAAAUUACGUGAAAGAAGGCCAAGUAGAUGAAACUAAACCUUUGGAGUUCUAUAUUUUGGGUCAAAGGAACACCCCUAGAAGUUUUAGUGGAAUCCGUGAUUCAAAGAGCUAAUAAUUUUCUUUAACAUGUCAAUAUCCAUCGCGUUUGCCAAUGAGAGAAUUAUUCACCUAAAUUUUCAUUCCACGUCGGCAAUAUAAUGUUCAGUGAAUAUUUUUCACUCACCAUUAUUAGUAUUUUAUAGUGCCUAGCUAUCUGCUAGUAUUAGGGGCAAUAUUGUACAGCAAAUCAAUGCAUAAAUAAAUUAUGUACGCAUUAUCGUAAACGAUAUUUGAUAUAAAUAAGCGUCCUCGUUUAUGAGUCACCGAUAAUUGAUAUCAACGGUUGAAUGAAAUAUGAAAAUCAGUUUUGGCCAAUUUAUCACUUUCGCUAGUAAAGUUAUGAAAUCUUUAUAUAAUAAUAAAAUAUAAUAUAUCAAACAGAUAAGUGUAAAGCUGUAUAAUUAAUGAUGACGAUGAUGACGAUAAAAGUUAUAUCAAAGUUUCAAAUAAAUAUUUUUUAUUGAG